AUGGAUGUGGUGGAUGAAAAUGAGGCUCUGCAGCAAUUCUUUGAAGGACAAGAUGUGCAUGGAGCCUUGGAGAAUCCUAUGGUGGAUACAAGCAUGUUGGAAGAGUUCAUUGGCAGUGACUUUGAAUGUGGAGCCCUGCAGAAUCGGUUACCAGACUCUCCACCAGACUCGGGAUCAGAACCAUGUUCUCCCCCACAACUCAAGGCUUUACAUUACGAUGCUGCGUGGUCCACUGGACUGCGGCCUUCGCUCCCAUUCCCUUCUGUAGGGGCGCCCUGUACGUUUCCUUGCAGAUUCUCUGAGAAUUUCUCCGACGCCAGUUCCACUGGACAUCCCUGCAAUGUUCUUCAAGACUGCUCUCUGAAGCCAGACAAUCCUGUGGCUCCCUGGAGUAACUCAACAUCAUCCAACUGUUUGAAUUUGAAUUAUUCUUACCUUCAGCCAAGAGCCCCUCAUGCUUCGACUGGUAUUUCUCUGGCAUCAACCAAAAAAAGAAAGUUCUCUCAACUGUUGGAAGAUGCCACUGAUUCUCCAAUAUGGCCAGGCAACUCCAGACAUGUGACUGUUAAAGAUUGUGCCAUUGACAUGCAAGAAUACGACAGUGAUGAACAGAAUAUAGCCGCUGUGGACAAAUGCUAUCAGGCUCUAACAUGGCAGCCAUAUCAAACUUUGCACUGGAGCAGCUUGUUUAACUGUAAUUAUGAAAAACUUCCUGAUAUAGGAUGCCACAUUGUGACAGACAAAGGAUUUAAUUUUUCAACAACAGAUGAUGCUUUUGUUUGCCAGAAGAAGAACCAUUUUCAAAUCACAAUCCAUGUUCGAGUUGCUGGGAAUCCAAAAUAUGUCAAAACUCAAGUGGGACUGAAACCGAUAGAAAAGUAUUAUCUGAAAGCUUUUGGAAUUAAGGUGGAAGCCCCAAAUCAAACAAUUGCCAUGGAGCAGUCUCAGUCGGACCGAAGCAAAAAAUCUUUUCAUCCCGUUAAAAUUGAUCUUCCAGGAGACCAGGUAACCAAAGUAACACUGGGAAGACUGCAUUUCAGUGAAACAACAGCAAAUAACAUGAGAAAAAAGGGGAAACCUAAUCCUGACCAAAGAUACUUCAUGCUGGUGGUUGGACUAUAUGCUGUCUCUCAGGACCAGUCCUAUUUGCUGUCUGCACAAGUCUCUGAAAAGAUAAUUGUGAGGGCAUCUAACCCAGGGCAGUUUGAGAAUGACAGUGAUGUAUUGUGGCAGCGAGGACAUGUUCCAGAAACCAUAGUCUGUCAUGGUCGAGUAGGAAUUAACACAGAUGCCCCAGAUGAAGCACUGGUUGUCUGUGGGAAUGUGAAAGUUAUGGGGACAGUCAUGCAUCCAUCUGACAGUCGAGCGAAACAGAAUAUCCAGGAGGUUGAUACAAAUGAGCAGCUGAGAAGAAUAGCAAAAAUGAGGCUGGUUGAGUACGACUACAAGCCUGAAUUUGCAUCUGCUAUGGGAAUAAACAAUACUCGUGAAACAGGAAUAAUAGCCCAGGAGGUAAAAGAACUUUUGCCUCAAGCAGUAAGAGAAGUUGGAGAUAUUACAUGUGAAAAUGGUGAAAAACUAGAGAAUUUCCUCAUGGUUGAUAAGGAUCAGAUUUUUAUGGAGAACAUUGGUGCAGUUAAGCAGCUCUGUAAACUAACUAACAACCUUGAAAUCAGGAUAGACGAAUUGGAACUGUGGAAUAGAAAACUGGCCAAGCUGAAACGGAUAAGCAGUUUAAAGUCAUCAGUCAGUGAAAAGAGCACGGUCAGCAAAUUCAGUCGACCUGCUAGUCUUCUACCCUCAAGAAAAUCAGUUCCUAUAAAAACCAGCAAGGUUUGCAUUUCUGGGAAGAGAGAUUCAUGCUCCAACAGGAUUUUCCAGAUGACUGUAAUAGCUUUGGUGGUUAUUAUGGCACUAUGUGUUUUGACAAUAUCCACCAUUUAUGCACUUAGCAUACAAGACCAAAGCAAAACCAAGGGAAGUCAAAGCCCCAUUUUCAGCAAUGCUACAAGUUCCGUUAUCCUGCCUCCCUCCACUACUAUGGCAGCACUUCAUGGGACCAAAAUUACUCCAAGCAUACUACCUGUUGGUGUGACCCCUGAAGUGAAUUUCUGUGAUAUCUUGCCUUGUGACAAUAUAUAUUGCUGUCCAAUUCAUCAAACAAAAAGAAAAGUUCUGAGUUACCAGAAAAUGAUGGCUACGGAAGAGAGAAACAAAAAUAAAAUACCACUGGAGAGAAGCUGGGACAAAAAUCCUGACCUUGGAAAUGACUGGGUUGAUACAACAAUCAGUUCUAUGCAGAUUUUGGAAACACAGCAAAAAAUUGACAGUCGUUAUUGUAGUAAAAGACUACAGUGCAGGUCUGGAAAUUACAGCUAUGUUAUUCCCAUUAACAAAUACACACCCACUAAUGUAAAAAUCUCACUGGAAAUAAACACCAUGGAGCCAUUAAUUGUCUUCCAAUGCAAAGUCACUAUUGGAAAUAUUUGUGCCCUUCAUUCACGACCCCGAAACAAAGGGGAGGCUGUGCUAGAAACACAGGGAUGUCAGCAUAUUUGGAUUCUGCCUGUAGCUUCAUGGUAUGACAGCGCCUACCAUUUCCGUGUAGCUGCACCGGAUCUUGCAGACUGCACAACAGAUCCUAAUUAUGCUGGGAUGUUUUUUACUGAUUACUACUUCUAUUUCUAUCGACAGUGUAACUAAAGUAUUGCCUAUCAUUCUGUUUGUUGGAAAAAAGCUAAUAUACUUGGUACUGAAAACAGCU